AAAAAAAAUCUCUCUCCCUUCCGUUUGCCCCUUCCCUUCCCUCUCUUCUUUGUACAAAGUUACAAACCCUCUAAGCCUUGGUCGUCUGUCGGUCGACUGUGGAACUUGCCGCCAGCCGUUGGAAGCUCGUGCCCGUUGGAAAAGGCUCGUUCGAAGCCUAGUCAGGAAGGAACACUAGCUCAGAGAAAGAGAAAGAGAGAGGGAGAGGAAGUGUGGGAGAAAUUGCGGAUCGAACGAGGAGGGGAGAGGUGAGGAGGCAUUUGGCACUCGAGAGUGGAUCGUUGAGGUCAGCACCGUCUCUCUCGAGCUCCGUCGCCAGUCCGCAGUUCAUCAUCGCGCCGCCAUCCUGAUUGAGGAAGUCCAUUGCCCAUACCCAUUUGCCAGCCUUCUUGACCGGUUCUGGGAAGUUGCACUCGUGCUGAUCGUGGGAAAUCCGUCCCUCGUUGACCGCCGUCCGAAAUCAGCAUCAAUUACUGAUCAACGACCGUGAGGAUUUGGUUUUUCCUCUUUCGACGAUGAAUCCUGUUGCUGUUCCUGGCCAAUAUGCUACUCCACCUACUUGGUUUCCUGUUUUACCACCCAAUCGUCCUCCAUCAAGUGCCUUUUGGGACAGCACCAGUGUCCAUGAUUGGUUACGAGAGCUACAGGAAACACUUUCUAUUGCAAGAGCAAUGCAAAAGGAGCUAGAGAUGUUAGUGCUGAUUAAAGAUAAUGAAGAUGUAAAAAGUAGGUCUGCUGAUGCUUCAGUUCAUCAGUUUUUGAAACACAUUGAAGAUUGCAAUUUUGACAUUGGGUUCCAAGAGUCAUGCUCAGUACAAGCCGCAAAUGCUUUGAUUUCAAAGUUGAGGGAACAGCUUGAGCCGUUUAGAGUUGUUACUGACGAGAAUAGUCCCUGGGAGGAGAAAUCUGCGGCUUUUAGAUUGCGUAACAGAGUAAAUAAGUCCAAGAGGAACAAGCUUUGGAGAAAGAGAAAGAGAAUACGAGUUGCAGAGAGGGUAGAACAGGAGCGUCAACGAUUUGAUCAAGCUGAUAAAGAAGCUGAUGAGUGGAGGGCAAGGGAGAUUGCCAUGGAUAUUUCAAGACGAAAGGUAGAGAAAAUGAAGGAAAUAGCAAAGAUGAAGGCGAAGGAGGAGAAAAAGAGAUUGGAAUCUGAGCUUGAGCUGGUUCUGAUUGUGGAGAAAUUGCAAGAGUUAAGGUCCAUCAGAAUCCAAAAGUUGAAGAAGCUAGGGCAUUUCAUCCCCGAAGAAGAUGAUGAGUUUCUUGAGAGAGUUCGAGCUGCAGUUGAGGAAGAAGAGCGCCUGGCAGCUGCUAAAGCUCAUAUUGAUGCUGCUAAGGAUGCCAUUGCAAGUGCUGAAGUGUCUAGGAAACCCACUCAGAGCUCUGAACCUGAGACAAAAGAUCUAAAUGACAAUAAACCUGGAAACUUGGAAACAAGAGACCAGACUACUGAGGCUGAAGUUGUUACAUCCACGGAAACGAGCACUGCAUGUGAUGUGAACCAAGUCUCAGAUGGGAAUGCUUGUGGUGGAACUUAUGAUUCUGUGGCCAAUCUUCCAGCAGAGUUCUAUCAUUAUUAUCAUGGGAGUAACCAUGACAUGAGUACACUCAUCGAGGUUAGAAGAACAUGGGAUGCUUAUAUAAGACCAGGAGGAAGCCGAAUACCAGGCCACUGGGUUCAACCACCACCACCUGCGGAUGAAGUCUGGGCGUCCUACUUGGUGAAGCCAAAAUAAGGAAAUCUUUGUUUCGGUUUUGGUGAGUCUUCCUGAUUGAAGGUACAAUGGUGGCCACUGAAUUUAGCUGACCUGUAGCUCAUGACUUUUAAUUUUUCGUCUUCAAGAAUUAGCCAAUACAUAAGCUAUAUCAUCUGCGUCUUCAGCACAUGUCUUGCUCCGGUGGAAGGCUUUGGUUCCAUUUUCUUUUCGUCAUUCUGAUGAAGACGGUUCUGUAAAUCAUCUUGAGGAAACGAUCUAUGAGUUUUGCUGUCUAUGAUCCAAACUGUUCCGUGUUUGCCUUUUUA